CUCUCAUUUCGCAUCACUCCGCCGUCUGAAAUCCCUAGUUCGCCGUUUGCCGCCUUUCUUGGGUGUAAGCCGCCGCCUCUCUGCAUUCAUCUCUCACCUCCUAAUCCUUCUCCAUCGCCGAUAAUGUCCCGAUCCCUAUGAUGUAGAUUUACAAAAGAUCUGAAGUUAUCUCUCUCUCUCUCUCUCUUACGACUUUCGUCGAAUAACACAAAAUUGUUCACUUUCUGAGGGAUUCCACCGAUUGAAUGUCGAAAUCCUACGGAGACAAGUAUGAUUUCAAAUGGAUGGCUGAGCUGGAGAAUUGGAUUCAAUUGUUGGUGAUUGAAGAUGGAUGCAAAGAUUGGCGUCGCCGGGCUUUAGUCCAAGAAGGUACACUCACUUCGUCUAUCCCUAGUUCUUCCUCCAGUGAAGAACCGAUUUGUGAUUCAAACCCUAGUUCUUACCCAGAUUCAUUUUUUAUGUGUGAGGAAAACUGGCAACAUAGGGAUAUGAACGACAGCGUGUUGUUGAUGCUGAAAUCCAUGCUGCCUGAUUUUUUUCUGCUGCCCAAAUACGACUAAUCGUUCGUCGGCAACAACUCCACUUUUGAACUGCAGCAUUGAUCUUGCCUCUAGCUGGUUUUCCAUUGUGGCUUCCUUCAAGAAGAAACUGGAUUAUGGCAGCCCUUUCAAAGGCCGAGAGAUCCUUCCUUCUAGCCAUGUUGAAGUUUUUUCUGUUUUGUUGAAGUUUUCUGUUUCUGCAGCAAAUGUGAUUUCUGCCCUAUUUAUAAAGGGUUUA